AUGGCUACUCCUACCCGGGUAUUAUUCCUCGCUAACAGCGAACAUGGCCAGACGAACAUCAUCCUGGCCAUUACCCAUGAGCUUCUGGUCAGAGGAGACGUGGACGUCCACGUUGCUUCAUUCCCUGCGUUGGAACGACGGGUGAACAAACUCUUGAACGAUAAUGCCCCUUCAUACAAUGACUCGUUUCGAUCGCGCAUUCAUUUCCACCCCAUACGCGGCCCCUCCAAUACAGAUGUUUUCAUUCGCACGGGCAAGCGAGGAGCGUUCCAUCCUCCAGGAUACAGCGGCGCUGUGCUUGGCUUCCAGUCCCUCUGCGAAGAUAUCUGGGGCUGGACAGAAGACGAAUAUGUCGACAUCUACCAGUGCUGUAUGGAAAUCAUCAAGUCGGUGCAGCCUUCAGUGAUUGCAGCCGACUUUUUCUUCCUGCAGGGCCGCGAUGCCGCCUAUAACGCUGGCUACACUGCCAUAUUGAUCAACACCACAUCUCUCACUCAUAUCGUCCUCGGCCUGCAGCCUCAUUCCGCUGCUCUGUGGAAGUAUCCUUUACCCGGAACGGGAUUCCCCUACCCCCUUCCUCCGCACCUCAUCCCCCUCAAUGCACUGGCCGUGCUCAAAACGGCCAAAAUGUACCAUGGCAGCGGUCGCCGUCGUGAAAUCCGCGAAUGGCGCAUCCGGCACAAGAUCCAUGGUCGGUUCCCUUUUGCAGAUGCCUGGCGGCCGGACCGCUUCCAUCUGUCGCCGGCGCUGAAAGAGCUGGACUGGCCCAUGGACGUGCCAGAUAACAUCCUGCCUUGCGGACCAAUCCUUCUUCCCACUGCGUCUGUUGAGAAACAGGACCCAGAACUCGCAAGGUGGCUGCGCAAGGCGCCGACUGUCCUGGUUAAUCUGGGAACACUGUACGCGCCAGACCCAAACGUAGCGGAGAAUAUCGCCCGAGGACUGAAGAUGUUCCUCACCUCCUGGAAGGGAGAGAAGGUCCAGAUUCUGUGGAAGCUGCCUAAACAUCCGCAUGACGAGGAUGAUGUCUACGCUCAAUCGAUCAAGCCGCUCCAGGCCGAGGUCGAGGCGGACAGCGCGCGCAUCCGACCCUGGUUCGAGGUUGAGCCCAUGGCCAUGCUGCAAACGGGCCAGAUCAUCUGCUCUGUUCACCAUGGUGGUGCGAACUCGUGGUAUGAAGCAAUUCAAAACGGUGUGCCCCACGUGGUACUGCCUGCGUGGCAAGACUGUUACGAGAAUGCAGCCCGUGCGGAAUGGCUCGGGAUCGGUGUAUAUGGCAACAAGAGUCGUGCGCCUAAUAUCGAUGCCAAAGAAUUAAGCAAGGCCUUGCUCAAGGUCAUGGGCAAUGCAGCGUACAAAACCAAGGCCUUCGAGCUGGCCAAGCUCUGUCACAAGAAAGAAGGCCGUGUAGCGGCUGCCGAGAAGAUUGUCGAGCUCGCGCUCAACCCAGACAGAAUGGCAAUGCACAUACCCGAGGUGAAGGUUGAAGACACCCAGUGUUCUCUUUACGAGGUCAAGAAUCGCGCUGGAAUGGUGCUACAAACCACCCAACCCCCUGAAACCAAGAGCAAAUCUGCCCGAGUACCAGUUCUUAGAGACAUCAAGGAAACCCUCGUUGUGACUACGAUUUGCAACGCCUGGUUUCUCCUCCCACUACUCGGAUACUCCCUUCUUCUGGUCCCUCGACUGCGUCUCUUCGUACUGUUCUACAUCCUCUACAUCAAAUACCUCGCCAAAGCACACAAAACCGGCACACUAUCUCUCCGCAACGACCGUUUCCGCACAUCAUGGAUCUGGAAGGCCUACGCCUCAUACUUCCCCCUCCGGCUGUAUCGCUCCGCACCCCUCUCCACCCGCAAAAAGUACAUCUUCGGCUACCAUCCCCACGGCAUCGCCAUCCGAGGCGCAGUCGGCGCCCUGGCCGCCGACGCCGCCGGAUUCGCUGAUCUCUUCCCGGGCAUCACGAACACCCUCCUGAUGAAAGACGAGUCGUUCUACCAACCCCUUUACAGAGAGUACCUCCUCUCCACCGGCGUGAGCGGCGUGUCCCGCUCGUCGUGUAUCCGACACCUGACGCGAGGCGGGCACGAUAGGCAAGGUAUGGGUCGAGCGAUUACCAUCACCGUGGGCGGAAGCCGCGAGUAUAACAUCGCCAAGCCGGGGACAAUGGGCGUGGUUGUCCGCAUCCGCAAAGGGUUUGUGCGGGUGGCGGUUGAGACGGGGGCGGAUAUCGUCCCUGUCAUCGCGUUUGGGGAGAAUGAGCUAUUCGAUUGUGUGGAUGUGUCCUCUUCGUCUGUGCUGGGGCUUGUGGCUCGGGUCUGGGAAUGGGCUGUUGGGCACAAGGUCGCGUUUUCUACCGGACGAUUCAAUAUCUUCUGUCCGUAUCGGCGGCCGUUGAAUGUUGUUGUUGGGAAGCCGAUUGCUGUUACGCAGCAGCGGUGGGAUCCGGAUCAGAAGUAUAUUGAUCAGUUGCAGGAGGAGUAUAUCAGGGCACUGGAGAAGUUGUGGGAUGAUUGGAGGGAUACGUUUGGUGUAGACCGGUAUGUCCGGUUUGAGGUUGUUGAGUAA